AAGUAGGUUACGUUGUUGGGAGGGCUAGGGAUCACGCAUCCAUCUUGGAAAAGCUAGGAAGGGAUCGGCCAGAAGAUUUGUUGUGCCCCCUUGUUCCUCCACAAUGGAUCUGAGCUACCGAGAUCGUCAGGGCUACUACACCGAACAGGACCCACAGCAAAACAUACGCCACCACCAUCACCAGCCUCAACACCAGUUGCAGCCACAGCAGCCACAACUCCUACCCCACUAUGCUCAGCAACUCUCACACCACCAGUCCCUGUUGCAGCCGCACCUCUCGCAGCAUCAGCUCCACCACUCUCAGCCAGCCUUUGUGCUGGACCAGCCGGACCAACGCAGGGCCAGAGAGGAGUGCGCUAGUAGACUGACCGGGCCCCCUGGUAUGCAGCAGCUAAUACCAGGUCAUGGGACUCACAACCACCAGCCUCAGUACUCUGAUCACACCCACCCUCUGCUUGCCCAGCUUGGUUUGACCUGUCAAUCAGGGUACCCUCCACAGACCACCACCAACACCCAGUCCAUGGUGGACACCACGCCCAACAACCAACCGUUCCUCUCACCGGACUCACCAUCCCCUCCACAGCCCCAGGAGACCAGGGAUGAACCCAUGGCUGUCGAGGCACCGAUGGUCGAUCAAUCCCUCGCAGAACCACCCAUGCCCGAACCGCCACCGGCACCACCCAUGGAGACCGACGGUGUGACCGAAUCACGGGUUGCACUGCCUGUUGCACCUGCGAUGGCGCAACCACCAUCUGCUGAUGUGGACAAUGCUGCAGAUGCUUCGGAAGCUGCAUCACAAGCUCAGCCAGAAGCUGAAUCUGAGUCUCAAACUCAAACUCAAACUCAAACUCAGGAAGAUACUUCCACCAAUGCACCAAGUACCAGCGCCACUGAGGAAGCGCCAAAGAAACCUGAACCAACGGUCACAGUAUCCACACGGGCUAGCAAGAUCUGGAAGCCAGACCUGCCCCUCGGUCUGUCUCUCAAAUACAUGCAGGGGGGCAAGAAGAUUGCAGGUGUGAGGUCUGAGAAGUCGUUGGAGAAGGGUGCCACCUUUGGUCCGUACAAUGGAAAGCUCAUAGCUGAGCCUGUGGGAAGUCUCAAAGAUUCUGCCUGGGAGCUGUGUCUGCGAGGCAAAGUCUUUGUGUACGUGGAUGGCCAGAACAAGACCUUCAACAACUGGAUGGCGUUCGUAGAGAGCGCUAACAGCGAAGAGGAACAGAAUCUGGAGGCGUUCCAAUCCUAUGGAGACAUCUACUUCAGAACCACAAAGGUCGUUGAACCAGGAAGUGAGCUCAAGGUGUUCUACAGCGAUGAGUAUGCUAAUCAUGUCGGCUUCAAGAAGAAACUAGGCGACCUGGUCUAUAAUAAAGAUUCGAAGAACUUUCCCUGCAGUUCAUGCUAUCGUUCCAACGCCUCGGCCAAGCGAAUGUUGCGUCACAUGAGAAUCAAUCACGACCCUGACAGGAUUGGUGCGAUGCGACCAAUCAUUACCUGGGAGCCCUGCGCUUCAACAGAGAAUGCAGAGAACGAAGACCCUGAGGUCACCUCAACUGCCAAUACAGUAGAUGAACGUUUCAUCUGUACAAUCUGCGGGAAGAAUUUCCCGACAAGCAGAAGGCUUGCUGCCCACGAAUCCACCCACUCCGCCAGUGCUGACCAGACAUGUCCAAUGUGUGGUGAGACACAUACAAGCUCAAGAAGUCUUGCAAAGCACAUGAGGACGCAUAAGCCAAAGCCCUUUGAAUGCCAGUCUUGUGGAAGCUCGUUUGCGUCGCAAAACCAUCUGACCCGCCACAAGAAACUCUCGCACACCUUUAACCAUAGCUGCAGGGUGUGUGGCAUACAGUUCAUCAAGAAGCGCGAGUGCAACAAACACGAAAAGACUCAUCCAGAGUGGACGGCAUUUAAACCACUUCGCAAGAAAGCGAGGAAGACAAGGAGAAGGACUAAAAAAGUUCAAAAUGAGGACAAAGAAGAAGAAGAAGUGCAAGAAGAAGAGGAGGAGGAGCCAGAACCUGAGGAAGAGAUCGAGGAGAAUAAUCCAAAUUUGCCAAAGGACAUGCUUGGAAAAAGAAUCAAUUACUAUGACAAGCCACGACCUUACAAAUGUCGCUUUUGCCAGAAGAGAUAUCUCUCGAGGAACAAGAAACUUGCUCAUGAAGCUGAAGCACAUACAAAAGAAUGUCAGUUUAAAUGUAAGCACUGCUCCGCUGUAUUCGCAACAGAGUUCAGGUACGUGGAACACUCCAAGCGCCACGUGCAGAAUCGGCCGUUCCAAUGCCAGUUCUGCCCGAACUCCUUCGCCUCAGAGAACGCUCUGAAGAAUCACAUGGGUGAGCACACCGGUCUGAAACCAGUCAAGUGUGAGGUCUGCGGGAAGGGCUUCAGAACUCGCCACAUCAUGAACGCUCACAAACGACGCAUGCAUAAGGUCAGGCAGAUGCGUUUCACCUGCUCCUUCUGCAACAAACCCUUCGCCGACAAGGGCAAUCUCGUCAAACACGAGCGCCGCCACAAAGGGAUCCGACCGUACGUCUGUUUGACCUGUGGCAGGGGCUUUGCCACCAACUACAGCUUAACGCAACAUUCAUACACGCACACCAAAGAGAAGAAAUUUGGUUGUCCACAGUGUGAUAAACGCUUCACCCUCAAUGAGCAUUUGACAAACCACAUCUAUAAGGUACACACUGUGAGUCAGAAAGAACAGCCGCAGAGUAUUCACUCCUUGACCAUUGGUCAACGGAAUCCCAUUCCUCCUCAACCAAACCAGCAUCCAACUCUACCCUCCUCAACUCAACACUAUCAGAUGCCACAGGUACAAUGAAAUACAGGGUCUUAUUGACCACCAAACAA